GGGAGCGGGGCGGGGGCGCUCCGCUCAGCCCCUGCGGCCUCACGGGCGGAGAGGUUUCAGGCUACCUCAGUUUAACCAGCAACCUGCAAGACUAGGGGCGAAACAGGGAGCAGGCAACUUUUCUGUCAUCUUUGCUUGGCACCACAAAUUGUCACAAGGCUGAAAUGACAGUGACAAAAAGUAAGAGCGCACGUGCAAGGCAUGUCUACAGAUAUCUAUGCGAUCUCGUACAUCUGCAGAAGAAGCAGCCAGUCCCUGAUUUGUGCAAGACACAGGGUCACCCAGCGCUAUGGGAAUGCAGCAGCUCUGUGGUUAGCAUCCCAUCAGGCUGGGACAUAUGUUCAUCCUUCCAUGGCUGGGGAGCUGCCUCUGUGGAGCUGCCAAAAGACACGCAAAACUCCACCUAAAAUGGGUUCCCUUUUGGGGAGGAAGAAUUUGUGGAAGGGGCUGGCGUUGGCUGCUGAGAUGGGUUCUGCGCACGCGCACCCAGGCCUGGUGAAGUCAUCAAUCCGGGAGCUGGCAUCCAGACCACGUGAUGCAGCCGUGCUUCCGGAAUCUUGGGGCGUCGAGGGGUUCCUCUCGCCCGGUGUGGAACCGCCGAUGCCAAUUCUACCGCCACUGCCGCUGUUGGCGAAGCCGGCGGGCAGAGCGCGGAACCGCAGCCCGGCGGGCGGGCGCCGGUUGUGGUUACUCUGCCGCGCCGCCCGCCUCCGGGGCGAGGAGAAGGGCGGAAGCGGCGGGAACGAUGCAGCUGUGCCCCAUAGAUUUUAUCAUGUACCCUUGUUGACCCCUUCCUAUGACAUCAUCAGUUUAUGCCUGGUGAGAUCACUGCCCUUUUCCCAGGGCCAGGCUAUGUCGUCCAGGAGAACAGCAGAGGAUCAGGCCUGCGUGGGAUAGAGGAGUGCUGCAGGUUCCCAGGCACUCACUGACCUUGAAGAACAACAAAGAGCUGUAAAUAACUUAGGGAAUUUGCCAUCUGGACAAUGUUAUGUCCUGGUACCUGGUGGGAAUGGGUAGAUAAGGUUUUAUGUUAGCAGGAAGAGCACUUUGAGGUGUAAAUUGUAGAUCAGUCAAUAGAUAUUGGGAUACUAUAUAAAUCUUGAGAGCUACACAAUAAAUUAUUCUCUUUG